AUGGAGGGACUUGUUCGAUGCUCUGCGAAUUACGUUCCUUUGUCUCCCAUAAGCUUCUUAGAGAGGUCAGCCAGUGUUUACAGAGAUAGGGUCUCAAUUGUUUAUGGUAAUCUCAAAUAUACAUGGAGAGAGACACGAGAACGGUGCCUCAGACUUGCUUCUGCUGUCACCCAGAUGAGGAUUUCUCCCUUGGACGUCGUUGCUGUAUUGGCUCCAAACAUCCCAGCAAUGUAUGAGUUGCACUUUGGCAUCCCAAUGGCUGGGGCUGUCCUCUGUUCACUUAAUAUACGGCAGGACUCUACCAUGAUAUCUAUGCUACUGAGACAUUCGGAAUCGAAAAUAAUAUUUGUAGACUACCAGUUUCUUGAAGUUGCACUUGGAGCACUUGAGCUUCUGUCCAAGACACAAACCAAGUUGCCUCUCUUGGUCCUAAUAACAGAAAUCAAUAAACCACUACCUAACAAAAGCAAAAUCACCUCCAGUUCAGGUUACUUGGAAUAUGAGAAUUUACUAGCCAUGGGACAACCCAAUUUCAAUAUCAAAUGGCCUAAAGAUGAAUGGGAUCCAAUUACUUUAAAUUAUACUUCUGGCACAACAUCAAGCCCCAAAGGAGUUGUUUAUAGCCAUAGAGGUGCCUAUCUUAAUUCCCUUGCAACUGUUCUUCUUAGUAAUAUGGCACCAAUGCCUGUUUACCUAUGGACUGUUCCCAUGUUCCACUGCAAUGGAUGGUGCUUCACUUGGGGUGUGGCAGUUCAAGGUGGUACAAAUGUCUGCCUUAGAAAUGUAUCUCCAAAGGGCAUAUUUGAUAGUAUUGCUCUUCACAAGGUAACAAACAUGUCUGGUGCACCAACUGUGUUGAACAUGAUUAUCAAUGCCCCAACCAGUGACCAAAAACCACUACCCUUCAAGGUAGAGGUAAUAACUGCUGCUGCACCCCCACCUCCACAGGUCCUUUCCAAGAUGGAGGAGAUGGGUUUUAGUGUAACACAUUCAUAUGGCCUGACAGAAACAUAUGGUCCAGGGACAAUUUGUACAUGGAAGCCUGAGUGGGAUUCCUUGCCUUCCGAUCAACGGGCGAAGAUCAAAACACGCCAAGGUCUUCAUCAUAAUGGAAUGGAAGACGUCGACAUAAAAGACCCAGUGACCAUGAAAAGUGUACCACCUGAUGGAAAGACCAUGGGUGAGGUAAUGUUUAGAGGAAACACAGUGAUGAAUGGAUACCUUAAGAACUUGAAAGCAACACAAGAAGCUUUCAGUGGUGAAUGGUUUAGAACAGGGGAUCUAGGUAUUAAACAUCCUGAUGGUUACAUAGAGCUAAAGGAUAGGUCAAAGGACAUUAUCAUUUCUGGUGGAGAGAAUAUAAGCACAAUUGAGGUUGAAUCAGUGCUCUUUAGUCAUCCAGCAAUUCUUGAAGCUGCUGUUAUAGGUCGACCUGAUGAUCACUGGGGAGAAACACCAUGUGCUUUUGUGAAGUUGAAAGAAGGUAUGAAUGCCACUGCUGAGGAAAUUAUCAAGUUUUGUAGGAAUUGUUUGCCUCAUUAUAUGGCUCCAAGAACCAUAGUUUUUGAGGAUCUCCCAAAGACUUCAACUGGAAAGAUACAGAAGUUUGUCCUAAGACAGAAGGCAAAGGCUAUGGGAAGCCUUACCAAAGUAAGCAAAAGUAGACUUUGAAGUAUUAAAAGCAUUGCCCUUCAA